GAUUCCAUAGGCACCAAGUAAAACAUCUUGUUUUCUCUCUCAGCAACUCUCUCACUCACUCACUCAAGAAAACUUGCUCAAAGUCCUCUCGCGAAGAUGGAUUUCCACAGCCUCACGAGAAGAGAUCUUCAAUCUCUCUGCAAGAUGAACAAAAUCCCAGCCAAUAAGACCAAUAUCGCCAUGGCCGACGCUCUCGCUGCUCUUGAGAUCGUUGAAGGUAUUGAAGAAUACAUAAAUCAGUCCGACUCCAAUGUUGUACAGUCUCCAACCAGUGUAGCAAGGCUGCCUCCAAAUACUACAACCCGAAGGAAGACCACAAUAAAGACUGAACGUCAGUCAUCAUCACUGCUGGUGAACCGUUCUUGUCGUCUGGCGAGUAAAAAGUCUCUGGAUGGAGAAAUGGACCAAGACAAUGUUGCUCAAGAAGCUAAGACUAACGAUGUCAAGUUUGAAGCCAAUGUGGUGGCUAAAACUCCUGCAGCACGGAGCACAAGGAAAGCUACAGCAGAAGCUUCUCGUAGGAGCAAAAUUCAGGAGAGUCAGAAGGGUGAAUUGGUUCAGUCGGCUUACAGCACAAGGAGAUCAACCAGGCUGUUGGCAAAAUGUAUGGCUGACCUGAGUUUGAAGACUAAAGAAAACUUGGAUAAAGCUGAGAAGAUUGAAGAAAGUGAACUAAAAGUAUCUGCACAGGAGACAAAUUCAACUGGUUCAGAGGAAAGAAUUGAGAAUACUGAGGUUGUCCCAGGUAAAGAUUUAAGUGCUUCCAUGGAGAAAGAAUGGGAGAUGUUGAAACAUGACAGCGACCAGGUAACUGGAGACCUUGGUGAUAAUGCUGUUUCAGAUGCAAACACUGAGACUAACAAGGACGAGGGGGAUGAAGUUAUGAGUGAUGAAAAAGAAUCCAAGAAUGGUUUAGUCCAAGUAAACAAGCAAGAAGAAAUAUUGCUGGCUGAUAAAGCUAUUUCUGAGGAAGGUUCAGAGAAGAAGGACAAUAAUCAGGAGACUGGAGAUACUGAGAUUUAUGUUGAUCUUGUUGACGAUACUGUCUUAGAACAUGCCAACACUGAGACAAAUAACGACAAUAAAGAGUUGAAGAACGUUCAAGCUUUUGACAUUUUUGUACAAGUCGAGCAUCAAGAGACAGAAGUGGCAGUCGAGGACAAUGUUUUUGAGACUGAGAAAACCAACACUUUCGAUGAAGCAGUGCUGGACCGAACUGAUGGUGUUUCAGAAGCUGAACCGGAGGAAGACAAUUCUGGUGUUGACGCAGACGACACUAUUUCCGAAGCUGAUUCAAACCAAACUGAUAAUCAAGAGACAGAACAUGCAAUGGUGUACCAAACUGAUGGUGAUUCAGAGACUAAGCCGGAAGAAGAUACUGAGAUUUAUGUUGAUCUUGGUGAUAAUUCUGUCCUGGAACAUGCCAACUCUGAGAUAAUCAAUGACAAUAAAGAGUCCAAGAACGCUCAAGCUUUCGACAGUUUAGUAGUACAAGUAGAGCAUCAAGAGACAAAAGAGGCAAUCCAAAAGAAUGACUCUGGGCCUGAGAAAGCAAACACUUUCGAUAAAGAAGCAGUGGUGGACCGAACCGAUGAUGAUUCAGAAACUGAACUGGAUGAAGAUAGUUCUGGUGCUGACUCAGACGGAACUAUCUCUGAAGCUGAUUCAAACCAAGCUGAUAAUCAAAAGACAGAAGAUGCAAUUCAGAAAAAUGAUUCCGAGACUGAGAAAACCAACACAUUCGAUGAAGAAGCAGUGGUGGACCUAACCGAUGGUGAUUUGGAAGAUGAUUCUAGUUUUGACUCAGAAGGUACUAUCUCUGAAGCUGAACAGGAUGAAGAUGAUUAUAGUUUUGACUCAGACGGUACUAUCUCUGAAGCUGAUUCAAACAAAGCCGACAACCAAGAGACAGAACAGACAAAUCAGGAGAAUGAUCCUGCUGAGACUGAGAAAAUCAACACUUUUGAUGAAGACACAAUACUGGUGGACCAUACUGAUGGUGAUUUGGAAGGAGAUCAUUCUGGUGUUGACUUGGAUGUCACUAUCUCUGAAGCUGGUUCAAACCAAGCCAUUAAUGGAUCUGAUAUUGCUGAAGAAAGUUCUGUAACUGCUCCAACUUCUCCCCCUCUUCCUCUUGAAGAGGCUAUAGUAAACAGAGCUCCACUAUCCCCAUUUGUAGCAGAGUCCAUCUCAGCUCAGUUUCCAAGACCAAACAAAUCAGCAUCAAAGAAGAAUUCAGCUAUGAAGGUGGAUAAUGAGGGUACUACGAACAAGGAGAACAACAUGGAAAUGAUGAUAAUGAAUGUUGUUAACAAUAGUGAUAAUGGAGACAGAAAAGGUGAGACAAAGAAGAAGAAGAAGGUGCAGAUUGAUGAAGAUCUAGAACUUGAAAGAUGUUAGCAUGAGGCAGCUCGUGAAGAUGGUGAAUGAACUUUCUAUAAAGAGCAGUAACAACACAGCUGCGUUGCAGAUUCUGCCUAGUGAUAAUCAGAUUGCAGAGUAGUGUUGCGAUUCAAAAACGUGUUUGUUUUCGUUGUUGUCUGAGUCAGAAAAAUUAAAAAUUAUGUCUUUCCUUUCAAAUUAAGAAACAAAAAUUGGGAAAGAUCUCCAACAGCUUUCAGUUCGAGAAUUUGCUUAUUAUUCAGCAAACAUAGACUCAAAGA